AUGGAAAUGUUUUCUAACUCCGGCGAUGCCGGCGACGAUCUUGGUGUCGUCGCACCGAAGCAGGCUGCCGGGCAGAUGCUACCGCCACCAGUGCCGUUCAAAAAGCCAAAGCUUGCGCUUGCUGACGGAAGUGUUGGCCAAGUUGAAGGUGAAGCUAAAGAACCCAAUUCUGGGGGCGCCGAAGCUGCCCCAAAUGCCAGAACUGGUUGCCAGCUUUGCUCUGUGUGCAACAGAGUCCUCACCCAAACAGAGGUUCUCAAAUGCAAAGCAGACCAUGACAGAACUUGUUACAGAGCUUUGCUUCAACAAGCCAAAGAGACUGGGCGACUUCAACAAGUUGAGAGCCUGCGCAAGACCGACCCGGACCAGUUCAAUCUCCUGGUCUUGGAGUUUAGAAGCAAGUGUCCAGCCUACACAGAUGCAUUACUGAUCCGAUAUGUAUUGCGCGCGCAGGCGCGUCCGAGGUAUGACUUCGCAGCCUUUUUCAAGCAAGUUGAGAAGGGCAAGCGGGUCCAGACUGGCGGCCUGCAGGAGAUGAUGAUCUUUUCAGAUUACUGCAAGCACUACAUGGGUUUGAGCUGGCCGUUGACCCUGACGAAGGAGCAGGCUGCAAGCAGGUGGAAGAGAGAGGCAGCAGACCCAGCCCAUCCCCGAGAUGAAGUUCGUGCUCCAGACGAGCAUGGGAUGCCCAAUGGAGAGAAGGUGAUUCGUUUGGCUGUAAAGAUCCGGGACUACAUCGACGACCACAAGUACCAAGACGACAAGUCAAUUCUCAUGGUUGGGAAUCGCAGAGACAAACCGACCCACAGUGCGGUGGAAGAGCUUAAGGACAGUUUUGAGCAAGACAACAUCUUGGAGUCCGACGAUCCUUUGCAACAACUACCAGCUUUGCCUUCCAGCAGCUCACUGGCUAAGAUUACAGGCUGUGGGCAAGGCCAAGGAAGCAGGCAACUGGAAGAUGGCCGUGCAGUUGCCAAACCAGCUGCCAAGAAGGCUCCCAAAGUUCGGAACAUCAAAGUUCUUCUGGAGAAGGCCAAGCUUGCCACGCUGCUGAAGGCGGAUGAACUCAAGAAGCAAGCUAGCGCAGUCAAAGAGAUGAUACAAGUUUGCAUCAAUAUGCUCAAGGAAGACAACCACUGGCCAUCUGGCAAGGAGGGCCUGGAGGAAAUUGCCAGGGACGAGGCGAUGUUUUCGGCCGGCCACGACGUGCUCUCAUCGUCAACUGAGCUUACCUUGCUGCUCCGGCUGUGCAUGGUACACAGGCUGUUUGAAUGUGAGGAAGCUGAUGUGGAGCUGAUGGAGAGGCUGAUUGACAGCGAUCCUUACUUGUCAAGCAUGGAUGAUUUGGCUAAGGCCAAGCAUGAUCCUGAUACUGAAGUUCCACCGCCCUCACUCAACCGUGCAGAGCUUUUGCUGCCAGUCCAGCUAGUCCUUCAACAGCGAGAAGAUUGGGCCGAGUUCAAGACGGAAGUUGCUUUGAAAGCUGGGAAGGAUGCUUUUGAUGGCCAAGUUCGAGUUCUCAACAAGAUUCAGCAAUCUUUAGCAUCUGUGAAGAAAGACUUUGAAUCAGAGAAGCGGGAGCUGGAAAAGGCUCGUCAAGCAAAUGAAAAAAAGAAGGAGAAACAGGAAGCUGCUGAGAGGAAGAAGAUGGAAUCAGCUGCCAAAAAAAAGCAGCAAAGGCAGCCGGAGAAGGCGGCCGGGGUGGCGGCGGCUCUGCAGGUCGUCUCAGAGUUGGAGCUGAUGCCAUUGACGAGUUUGAUGAUCCGGUGA